AUAGUUACUGGUCGCAUAGCGAUCUUGUUAGACGUGCUCCGCAUAUAUUGUAUUUUCCGAAUUUCUCUUAGGGAAAUUAAGUGUCAAUUGUUGAGUGUAAACAAGUGUAAAUUAACGAAGGCAAGAUGUCACCCACAAUAGACGGACAUACAAAUCGUAAAGCAGAAUCGAAAACGACUAUUAACGUUACAGCAGCCAAUUGCGCACCGAAAGCGUCGCUUCAAAUCCCCGAAUGGUUGAAGUCGGACCUAUUUGUAGAAUUGCUGCAGAAAAGCUUACCGAACUUUAAGUGCAUUAAAAAUUUCAGCGCCAAAGUCUCAGAAAAUGUUGGCGAGAAUUACGCCACACUCAUGGCCGUGGUGAAUAUAGAUGUAGAGCUUGAAGGUGGAAAAUUCCAACAGUUAUCGUUUAGGAUCAAAAUACCCAUCGAAAUGGUGGGGAAGGUGAUAAAUAAUCGUAAUAUUUUCGAUGCCGAAAAUGCCAUGUAUAGAGAUGUGAUACCGGAAAUGGAGAAAUUGUAUAGUGAUGUUGGAGUUGAAGUGCGAUUUUCACCACAGUAUUAUGAAAUCGAGACACCAUCCGAAUUCGGUGUUAUACUCAUGGAGGAUUUACAGCCGCAUAACUUCAAAAAUGUCAACCGUUUGGAGGGUUUCGACAUGGAGCACACUAAGUGCGCAUUGAAAAAGUUAGCACAAUGGCAUGCCGCCUCAGCGGUGCGUGUUGCGACUAAAGGUGAAUAUCCACAAGUAGUUUGUGUGGGAGUAUAUACCGAAGACGUUUUAAAAACUCUGGAGCAUGUGGGUAAAACCAUUACGCCAAUUUACAUGGAGUGUGUGCGUACAUAUGAUGGCCACGAAGUCUACUACGAAAGCUUGAAAAGAAGUCGAGAAAACUUUUUUAAGCAAUUCCCUUCGCUGCUGAAGGUCGAUCCAAACGAGUUCAACGUUUUAAACCAUGGUGAUUUUUGGGGCAAUAACAUUAUGUUCCAAUACGAUGAUGCGGGUAAAGUGAAAGAAACAUAUUUUGUUGAUUUUCAAUGUGUGCGCUAUGGUUCACCUGUGACUGAUCUCUACUAUUUGUUGUUAUCAUCGACAAGUUUGGAUGUGAAACUAAAGUAUUUCGAUUACUUUAUUAAGUAUUAUCAUGAUAAUAUGAUUGAGUGCUUGAAAUUGUUGAAAUAUCCAAAGAGAGGACCAACCCUAGUAGAAAUCCAUAUUGCUUUAUUGCAGAAAAGCUCUUGGGCUGUAGCCCCCACUAUGAUUCAUAUGCCCUUGGCGCUGCUCGAGCUAACUGAGGCGGCUGAUUUAAGUAAUUUCAUUAGCACUUCAGAAGAUAGUAUGGCGUUCAGAAGACGCAUGUAUACAAGUCCACGUUAUCGAAAGCACAUCGAAGUGGUCUUUCCUUGGCUAUAUUGUCGUGGUGCCUUUGAAUAAUAGGUAGAACUAC